AUGGAGAUGCAAUCCUAUUAUGCCAAGCUCUUGGGGGAGCUGAAUGAACAGCGGCAGAGGGACUUCUUCUGCGACUGCAGCAUUAUCGUGGAAGGGCGGAUCUUCAAGGCCCACAGGAACAUCUUGUUUGCCAACAGCGGCUACUUCCGCGCCCUGCUCAUUCACUACAUCCAGGACAGCGGGCGGCACAGCACCGCCUCCCUGGACAUCGUCACCUCCGACGCCUUCUCCACCAUCUUAGACUUCCUUUAUUCUGGAAAGUUGGAUUUGUGUGGGGAGAACGUGAUUGAAGUUAUGUCGGCUGCCAGCUACCUGCAGAUGAACGACGUGGUAAACUUCUGCAAGACAUACAUCAGAUCCUCCCUCGACAUCUGCCGAAAGAUGGAGAAGGAGGCUGCAGUGGCGGCCGCGGUGGCUGCAGCAGCAGCCGCCGCGGCAGCGGCCGCAGCGGCCGCCGCAGCUCAUCAGGUGGACAGUGGAAGCCCCAAGAAAGGGACCGCCGGUGAGACCAAGAGCUUGGUCUCUCCAGCCGAGGGGGAGGAGAGUGUGGACCGACCAAGAGAGCCCCCCAGUGGUGAUCACAGAGGCUGCUGCCCUCUGGAACUGGUGGGGAAAGACAGCCAGGGCAGUGGCUGGGCUGACAGUGACGGCUCCACUCGGCCAGAACAGAUGGAGCCCAAGGUGGAGUUGGGUGCUGCGGAGGUGGAGAUGGAUGGACAGCUGCAACCGCCUGCCACCCCACUGAGCCUGGCCCCCCGGGAGGAGGGUUUGCCCAGUAGCCAGGCUAUUGACUUGGCUUACAGUAACUACCAUGUUAAACAGUUCCUGGAGGCACUCCUGCGCAAGAGUGCCGUCCAGAGCAAAGAGGAUGUGGACCAUCACUUUUCUCGGAGUUUGGAGGGAAGACCAGAUGGUGCAGGAGUGGCAGCCAUGAGUUCCAUGAUGGAUGUGCAGACUGACUGGUAUGGAGAGGACUCAGGUGAUGUGCUGGUGGUGCCCAUCAAGCUGCACAAGUGUCCUUUCUGCCCCUACACUGCCAAACAGAAGGGCAUCCUUAAGCGGCAUAUCCGCUCGCAUACGGGGGAGCGGCCCUAUCCUUGUGAGACCUGUGGCAAGAGGUUCACUCGACAGGAGCAUCUGCGGAGUCACGCGCUCAGUGUUCAUAGAUCCAACCGUCCAAUCAUCUGCAAGGGCUGCAGAAGAACCUUCACGAGUCACCUGUCGCCGGGGCUGCGGCGCUUCGGGCUGUGUGACAGCUGCACCUGCAUUACAGACACGCACGAUGACGAUGACGAAUUGAUGCCCAUCAACCUCAGCCUGGUGGAGGCGUCGUUUGAGAGCCAAGAAAAGAGUGACGCAGACAGUGACUGGCCGAUCUAUGUGGAGUCUGGGGAGGAAAACGACCCUGCCAGAGAGGAUUCUGACGACAGACCCCAAAUUCAGCCCAACUUAGCUGGUGGAGAGACGCUUACGUAG